CAUGCACUCGUAUGUUUCGAGAUGCAAAUGUCCAGAGGCAGUUAGAAGGACGGGUAUUUCAUGUGGUUGUUUCAUGCGCUUUUUUCGCCCUUUUCUUUUGGCCGAGCAGAGCCUUGCAUUGGGUACAGAAUGUCACGUCGCACAUCAGCUUGCUUCAGAACUUCCUGAAUCAAGAAAGAAAGUCUGGUCAGUUCAAAUGAAGGGGGAAAAAAAUAACUACUACUGCUUUUAUGUUUGAUCUCACAGGGACAGGUUCGCAGUCAGAAUGAGUGAAGGUGUCUCCGAUGCGGACUCGAGCGGCACUUGCUCACAAGAACUAACUUCGAUUUCAAAUGACUCUGACACAUUCAGCACCCAAGACUCCACCAGCAGUGUAGACUCGGCGGACAGGAUCUACGUUAAUCUAGCUGACCUCCAUUCCAGUACGACCCCUACAAAGACUCUGCAGGGCGUGAGUGAAGCUUUAAUGGCCUCUCAAGGGAUGCUGCCUAAAUCCAAGUCCCCCAAUGACGCACGACCACCCCCUCUUCCUAAGAAGACCCUGAACAGGACAAACUCUGCUCCGGGAGGUGUUCUGUUGGGUUCACCCCUCACCAAGAGUCUGCCCUGUUCACCGGGGUUUCAAAUAACCAACCCGCUCUACGGCAUCUACGAAGGAAAAAAUAUGAUUUGGACAAAAAACAGCUUCAGUAGCCCCUGUAGUCCACUGAAGGCGGAUGAAAAAUUCAACCUUUGGAGUCUCCACAGCAGGAGAGCAGGAAUGACUAAGGCUCAGAGCUUGGAUGGGAACCCCGGUCACGUUCCUCAGAUGGACAUAGGGAAAUUGAACUUUGAGACGUCAGAUCUGGACCUCAGGAACUGGAUCAACACUGACAGUCAGGAAGAGGUUUUCAGAACGCUGGCCAACAGAUGCACAAUGUCGUUGAGAAGCAUUGCCGCAAAAUACAGCAGGCUUUUCCUGCGAGAUAAGGAACCUGCGCUAAACCUCAGUGAAAGUGACUGGCCAGGUUUCCAGGUGCCGUUUGACAAACCCUGCUGUGUCUCCAGAGAUGCCGUUUACUAUCGAGCCCAAUACAUGCAAGACGAGUUCACGUUAAAGAUCUCAAAAACAUUGAAUCAAGAGCCCCUGGAGAAGGAACCAGACGGGCUGUCGGUACAGGAAAGCCUCCCGGUCCAUUUCAAUGUGCAACAGGUGAGAGGUCACUUUAUGGCCGCUCUUCCUACAAACCUCUCACCUACUGAAGAGGCGGUCUUGUGUGCCGAUGUUCCAGAGUCUGAAGUCUCCGGCGUUGAAACAGGAGCCGCUGCCGAGACGUCUGAAGCCAACCCAGAGAGUCAGCUCGAUAAAACGCGGCAGUUUGUGAUCAUCACGCAGGAGACCCCCUUUCAAACCAUGGCGGACUUUGUAAACGAGUCCGCGUCGCUUCACGUGUCCCAGGCAGAAGUCUACGAGCGGCAAAUAAGCCUUCUUCUUCUGCAGCUCUGCCUGGGGCUGGAACACCUGAAGAACCAGGGCGUCAUCCACUGCGAUCUCCGCUUAGAAAACCUGCUGCUGGUUAAGAUGCCCGGCCAGGUGGCUAAUCCAGGAAGCCAGGCCCAAGAUGAUAUCCUCCAGCUGCCGAGACUUGUAAUCAGCAACUUCUCCAAAGCGAAGCAAAGGAACACUGCCGUGGACCAGAAGCACCACCCUGAUCUUGCCCGACAAGCUCCCGAAAUGAUGUCCACCUCCCAGUACAAAAUGGUGGACGAGUUCCAAUUGGGCAUCCUGAUCUAUGAAGUUCUACACAUGCCGAAUCCCUUCGAGAGCAUCUCAAGGCUGAGCGAAGACGAAGAGUACAACACCAGCGACCUGCCCCUAAUCUGCCCGCUAUCUGCCUACUCCGAGGGCCUUCAACACCUUGCCCACUUACUCUUGCGUGCCGACCCAUACAAGAGAAUACAUAUCCGUGAAGCGAAAAGCAUCCUUCAAGCCUUGCUUUGGGGUCCAUGCAGUAAAGCAUUCAGCGUGAAGACUGGGCUCAGAGACUCGCCACAUGUGCUGAAGAACUGGUUGGAUGUCAAGCGUGUCUUGCUGGUGUUGAAGUUUGGAGAAUGGUUUCUCGAUGAGCAGAGCCAAACAACGUUGGAAGACUGGCUUUGCUGUCAAUACUUUGCCCUUGCCACCCCCGAAUCAAUGUUUCAGGCAGUAGAGAAAAUGCAGAUUCUUUUGGAAGAAAAAUGUUAGGGAGUCACACAGCACGGAAACAGGCCCAGGCCGACUAAGAUGCCCCAUUUAACCUAGUCCCAUUUCCCCAUAUUUGGCCCUUGACCUUUCCAAUCAAUACCUCCUGCCUCCUCUGAGUGAAAAAGUUGCCCUGCAGGUUCCUAUUAAAUCUUUCCUCUCUCACUUUAACUCCAGUUAUUGAUUGCCCUAUCCUGGGUAAAAGACUCAUGCAUUCACCCUAUCUAUUCGCCUCAUGAUUUUGAUACACCGCUAUAAGAUCACCAUUCAACCUCCUGCACUCCAAGGAAUAGAAUCCUGGCCUGCCCAACCUCUCACUCACUGUAGCUCAGGCCCUCAUGCCCUGGCAACAUCAUCAUAACUAUUCUCUGUACUCCAGCUUAUUAAUAUCCCCCCACAUUGCAGUGUGACCUAAACUGAACACAAUAUUCCAAAUGAGGCCUCACCAAUGUCUUGUAAAUUUUAACAUAACAUCCCAAUUUCUACACUCAAUACUCUGACUGAUGAAGACUAAUGUACCUUCGCUAUAACCCAAUCCACCUGUUGAAUAAGGACAGUAACCCUUACAAGUAAACAUUGACUAACAUGGCUUUAAUUAGAGUAUCCCCCAGAGGCUCGGUUUCGAUCCUGACUACGGGUGCUGUGUGUACGGAGUUUGUGCGUUCUUCCUGUGAGCGCGUGGGUUUUCUCCAGCUGCUCUGGUUCCCUCCCACACUCCAAAGGCUUACGGGUUGGUAGGUUAAUUGGCUUUGGGAGAAUUGUAAAUUAUCUCUAGUUUGUAGGACAGUGUUGGCGUACGGGGUGAUCGAUGGUCAGCGCGGACUCGUUGGGCCGAAGGGCCUGUUUCCGCGCUGUAUCUCUAAAGUAAAGUCUAAAGUAAUGUAAAGAUGAUUUUGAUUAAGCUUCAUUUUCUCACAAUGUCUAUUAAAAUCGAUAAAUUUGAG